AUGAGCAGAACAGCAAGCUGUAAACAACAGAAUUAUAAAACAAUUGAAGUUUUAAAUGUAAAUAAAGUUAUUAGUAUUCAUAAAAAAGCUAAAGAUGAUUCAGAAAGUAUUCAAAAUUAUAUGAAUCAACUUAAAAAACUAAGAAGUAAGAGAAGAACCCAAAGUUGGUCUCCAAUACAAUCACCAAAAGAAACCUCUAUUCAAGUUGGUGAUCAACAAUUUGAAGAUCGUUAUGAUUUACUUAAUUACUGUAUGAAUACAAACACAGAACCAACCACUAUGAGUGCUACACUCACAAAUAAAAGCCCAAUUAAUGUAUAA